CCUCGGGAAACGACACAGGCUGCGCGAGAUACACAUAAAAGCAGUCGUCGCAGCGCAGUCACCAGUAUUCACGUAGCAACCGAACGGUGAACGUCGCAAGAACAAACGAGUCCUCUUUGCUUUUUGAAGCAAGCUUGUAAUAUCCGAGUUACAUUACCAAGUUAAAUUGCAAAAUGUCUCUGGUACCAUUGCUUUUCUCUGACUGGUGGGAGGAUUUGGACCAUCCGCAUCGGCUGAUGGAUCAGAAUUUCGGGUUAGGCCUCACCCCCGACCAACUUCUAAGCCCAAGCCGGUUGGAGCUGUAUCUGCAACCACGAAGAAGAACUGCUAGUUACUACAGACCAUGGUCCGAAUUACUUCGCUCCAACGAGACCGGCAGCUCUACUGUCCAGGCGGACAAAGAUAAAUUCCAAGUGGUGCUCGAUGUUCAACAAUUCGAGCCGGAGGAGAUCGAUGUUAAAGUCGUCGACAAAUAUGUCAUCGUUACGGCUAAGCACGAGGAGAAGAGGGACGAACAUGGCUGGAUCUCUCGUCAGUUCACCAGAAAGUACAUGAUUCCUGAGCAAUGCGACAUUGAUCAGGUUUCAUCGAAAUUGUCAUCGGACGGCGUACUCUCCAUCACUGCGCCGAGGAAGGAUCAACCGAAGGUGGAGAACGAGAGAGUAGUGAAGAUUGAACAUACCGGUAAACCGGCGAUCCAACCCAAGUCGUCGGCCAAACCCAAGCAGAACGAAGAGGAGAAGGAAGAGAAGAAGUAAUGAGAUAUCAUAAAAUGUUCGCUGCCAUUCCUAUUCUUACUUAUUGUAACCAUUGUUCAUCUCACACUCUUUAGAUACUAUUUAAAUUCUAUCGUAGCAUUUUCGCUUUAUCACUAGACACAUACAUCAAUGUUAGAAAUGCAUAAUAUGCUGUAAAUCGUAUUAUUGUGUUCUUAGAACUUUCAAUAUUUAGUCAUUUGAUGAAAUGUGCGACUACAUGCAUACAUAUGUAUGUGUAUGUAUAUACAUAUAUAUAUAUAAUAUAUAUAUAUCCUAUAUACCAUUACAUAGAAUUUCAGUUUUUGUUUAACUUUGGUUAAUAAAAUUAUCGAAUUAUCGAAUUUUGUCGUAUUUAUUUUUUCUCUUUACAUGCAUUCUAUCCCAGAAUUUUCCUUAUCGAUCGGAUAAUAUUGAAUAAAACGAUUUUUUGAAUUCUUGUAUUCGUUAUUUAAUAAAUGUUUUAUAAUUUCAAGAUACCUUAACAAACAUUGUUUUAUGUCGUCGAUUUUGUAAUUAUAACUAAAAUUGCACUUAAUUUGUGUGCAGUAUACGUAACGAAAUUGCUACAUUAUCACAUAGUUGAAUAAGUUUAUUCGCAGAAUUCUAAGGUAGCAUUUAUUUCUUGUGACUCGAUAAAAUCAUCGUUAGAACAAUUAUUUUGUAAUUCAAAUACAAGAAUCAACACCCAAUCAUGUAUUGUUUAAAAUGUAUACGUUUAUACGCCAGCAUUUAAA